GCAGUUUUACAAAACAACUUCACAUGCACUGUGAUUUUGUUUCUUUCGUUUUCGCUGAAUAUCGGAGUCUGAUCAUGGCGAACAUACGAACACCAUGUUUUGGUCAGACUGAAUUUACAGAAGACGAACACAGAUCAGUCCAAGAAGCACUAAGGCAGAGAUUAGGACCAGAGUUUAUCAGUCAGAGAGCUGGUCCAGGUGGCCAAAAGCUAGCAUACAUUGAAGGUUGGCGAAUUAUCCAGCUCGCAAACGAAACAUUUGGUUUUAACGGCUGGAGUCAUUCAGUGACACAUCAAAAUAUUGAUUUUGUUGAUCAGAUGAACUCUAAGUAUUAUGUGGGUGUGAGCGCCAUAGUUAAAGUACAAUUAAAGGAUGGUGUUUUCCAUGAGGAUGUGGGCUAUGGAGUCAGUGAAGGCCAGAAAUCCAAAGCACUCUCUUUAGAAAAGGCAAGGAAAGAAGCAGUGACAGAUGGUCUCAAGAGGGCGCUUAAGAGUUUUGGUCAUGGUCUUGGCAACUGUCUUGGUGAUAAGGAUUACUUGAAAUACAUUGGAAAAGCUCCUAAACCUCCCCAAAGAUCUUACGAUCUUUCAGAAAUGAAAAGGAAUGACAUUAGUGAACAUGUUGAAGAAGCUAGAUACAAAAAACCUAAUCAUGUCCAUCAUAACGGGGCAUCCGUUAAUCAGCCUGUCGCUAUGGAUACAGAAAUAUUUGAUGCAGAAAAACAUGAACAUCAUUUGAGAACUGCCAUCAGAACUCCUGAAGCGAUUGCAGGCCCUAGUAUGAGCAGAGCCGGGAAUCAGAAUAUCUCUCCUAGCAACGAUCAGGCUAAAAAGAUGACACCUGUUGAAAAAACUUCAGGGCCAAAGAUAAAUUCAACAAACAGCCCCUUAAAUCAGAAUAAUUUGGAAGUCAGAUCGAACAUUAGUGCAUUUAUAUCCCCAAGCAGUAUACAGACUGCAGGGCCCAGUUCACGUAUUGCCAGGCCAGUUAUAAUAAAGAAUACACCUGUUCCAGGCAUAUCUGCUUCAUCUGAUAGUGCUUUCAAAGCACCUAAUUGUGUUGUACAGCCAAGAGCAGAUGGUAUUAAAAGAUCUUUACCUGUGCCUAAUAAAUGCAUCAAACAAGAACCAAAGAUGCCUGCCAGUUCAUCAUCAAACGAAACCAAUCCAAGAGAAAUAAAUUUGCCCCCCAAAUCAUCAACCAUUAAAUCAACCUCGUCGUCCACUGCAGCCCCUGAUGAAUUGCUUCAGAGGAAAUUAAGACAACAACAAAAACAGCUGGAGUUCAGGGAGAAUUUGAAAAAGAAGCAGCAACAGCAGCAAGAAAUGAAAACACCAGCUAGACAGCACCCUCUGGUUGCGGAUGAAUGGGCUACAAUGAUGAAUGGUAGAUUAUCUCCACUGGCCACAUCAACGCCAUGCGAUUUACCACCAAAGGAUGCACCUGCAGCAAUCAUUGUACCGAAUCACCAAAUCAUUGCUCCACCUGACGUUGCUGGAAAUCAGCCAACUGAGGGUGUUCUCCUUGGUGAAGAUGAUCCGGAACUUUGGGAUGCCACCCUGACUAUGGAUGACGUGGAGAAUGUUGUUGCUAUGGAAACAGACAAUUGUGGAAGCAAACAGAUCAAACCAAGUAAUUUUGGAAAUCCCAGCGGUGGCAAAUCUACCUCAAGAACUCCAAAGAAGUUGACACCAAAUGCAUUGACAUUCAAUGCUCAGAUGACAAACCAUUUCCCCAAUGUGAAGCCAACGUACAAUACCAGGCAGCAGUCUGGUCUACUGACUGCAAAGGUUUAUGGCGACAACAAGUCUGAUUCAUUUAAUUCAAAGCGAAGAAAAAUGGAUUCAACAUGACAGGAGAAUACAAUAAAAAAUGUCUUUUAAAAAUUGCCCCAUCCCAACACUUGGUCCCUGGAAACCAACUUUUGGUCCCUCGAUUCAAACAAACAGGUUCAUGGAUUUUGUUUCUUGGUUCCAACCUUUGACCCUGGAUUGCAAAACUUGUUUCUUAGAUUUCAAUUCUCAGUCCUUGGAUUCCAACACUGGGUCCCUGGAUUUCAAUUCUCAGUCCUUGGAUUCCAACACUGGGUCCCUGGAUUUCAAUUUUUGGUUCUUGGAUGCCAACACUUGGUCCUGAAUUAUAUAACACUGCCACCAAAAUAA